AUGGACAAUCUAUUUAUCAAAGAAGGGACUGCCAAGCAAGUUGAUGUUAAGUACGAAGACAAUGUUAACCUUCCCGCCGAUACUCCUUCGGGUCACCCACACAUAAUCAAAUGGAAUGCUGGGGUUGACAAGGACAAAAUUCCAAACGAUUUGUUGACAGUUGACGUAAUUGCUACUAUUCUCUACAAAUUCAACCCGUUGGCUCUCAGUCAUUUGCUCGAUAUUCAAGCGGGACAUUUUAUUUGCUGGUGGGACACAAACGGGCAUAUGAAGCUAUCUGAGAACGAUCAAGAACAUCAGAAUGGAAUGGUGGAUAGCGAGAGCGAUAAAUCCGAUAACUUGUCGCCAGACUAUAUAUGUCUUCUUCGCGCGGGAAACAUUGUCCGAGUCGGGAUCACCAGUUUCGCGAGUCAUUGCUCUGAUUUGGAUGUAACUUAUGUUAUCUGCGAGAAGGGAAACUGGGAGAUUAUAUGCUCUGAGGAUCGGAGUCAUGAUGAGAAAGAUUACCCAUAUACCAGCUCUAUGGAGCGUCGCGAAGCACACGACCAUAAAUUAGCAAGAAUGAUUAUACGCGGGACAGAUUUCGAGGGCAAGAAGAACAUGCCAAUGAGCUUUCACUCGAAAUGCGUCUCAAUUACGGGUCGUGUCACCGAAGUUUCUCAACAGGUUCAAGAAGCUGUAACUGGUUCUGGAGGCAGUAGCAGAUUCGUGGGCGAGAUGUCUGAGGUUCAAGGUCGGUUGGACAAACUUCAAAAGUCAGUCGAGGAAGUGAAAAGGUCUUUGAAGAGAAAGCGCAAUGAUUGA